UUUCCAUGGCUGUGCCGCACGCACGCUUUUCUCGGAAUUUUCUCGUUGUUUUUUCGGUUACUUGCAAACUCAUUUCGCUUUUCGCCCGUGCGUUUUGUGUGUGUGUGUGUGUGAGACAGCAAAGAUGCGCCACUGACUGACUGCCACAUGCCACAAAUGGAUGGCAAGUGCAGUUCCUGGGCACAAACAAUGUUUCGAAAUGUUUGAAAUAAAUCUUCGAUACGUUUGAAAAUCUGAAGUGAAAUCCUUCAAGGCCUUAAAAGUGAUUUUUGUUUUUUUUUCUUUGGACAUCUUUUUGGGCAUACCCAAUCCCCCAAUCCACCAAUCGACACGCAGCUUGAAUAUUUAAACAUCCAAAAUAUUGGGAAUUUCGAGAGAGAAAAAAAAGUAAUUUUAAUGAGACGACAAAGCCACUGGCUGCCGCCUGUCGCCUGCCCCAUAAACAGCAGCUGAAAGGAGAGGGAGAGGCAGCAGCAGCAGAAGCCAAAGCAGCAAGCAGUAGGAGGAGGCGCGCUUCCCGUGCCAAAAAAGAGCGACACUCGGCACUCGGUGCUCGGUGAGCGGUGAGCGGUCGAGUCAAUCAACAGAGGACCUGCCCUCAUCAGUCAUUGGACAACAUCAUCAUGGUCACGAACAUGUCGCAGCCGCAUUAUUGCGGCACUGCCAUCGAUGAUUUUCACACAAACUACAAAUACUUUCAUGGCUACUUUUCGCUGAUUGUCUGCCUGCUGGGAACGAUAGCCAACACACUGAACAUCAUUGUGCUGACCCGCCGCGAGAUGCGCUCCCCAACGAACGCGAUACUCACGGGCCUGGCGGUGGCAGAUCUCGCGGUGAUGCUCGAGUACAUACCCUACACGAUCCAUGACUAUAUACUGAGUGCCCGGCUGCCGCGCGAGAGGCAAUUGAGCUAUGAGUGGGCCUGCUUCAUCAAGUUCCAUUCGGUGUUUCCGCAAGUGUUGCACACGAUCUCCAUUUGGCUGACUGUCACCCUGGCGGUGUGGCGCUACAUUGCCGUCAGUUAUCCGCAGCGGAAUCGCAUUUGGUGUGGCAUGCGUACGACUCUGAUCACCAUUGCCACGGCCUAUGUGGUGUGUGUCCUGGUGGUGUCCCCGUGGCUGUAUCUGGUCACGGCCAUUGCGAAGUUCCUGGAGACGCUCGACGCGAGCGGCAAGACGAUCCAUUCGGUGCCCCUGAGCCAGUACAUUUUGGACUACAAUCGAGAGGAGAAUGCCAUCACAAUGCAGGUGAUGUCCAGCACAACGCCAGAGAUCUCGUGGAUGCAGCACAGGACGUACAGCAAUGCAUCGCUCACCACAGUGGUGCCCCUGACGACGAGCACAAUGGCCGGGGAACUGCCGGGCGUGCGAAAUGUCACCGUUUUCAAGCUCUAUCAUAGUGCGCUCGCGCUGCACGAUCGCCAGCUGCGGAAUGCCACAUUCCUCAUCUACAGUGUGCUCAUCAAACUCAUACCCUGCUUCGCGUUGACGGUGCUCUCUGUGCGGCUAAUUGGCGCCCUGCUGGAGGCGAAGCGACGGCGCAAGGUCCUGGCCUGCCAUGCGGCCAGCGACAUGCAGCCGAUUGUCAAUGGGAAGGUCGUUACGCCCACACCCACGUCCAAGAGCUGCAAACUCCUGGAGAAGGAGAAGCAAACGGAUCGCACCACUCGCAUGCUGCUGGCGGUGCUGUUACUCUUCUUGAUUACCGAAUUUCCACAGGGUAUCAUGGGUCUGCUGAAUGCCCUCCUGGGGGAUGCCUUCUUCCUGCAGUGCUACCUGAAAUUGAGUGAUUUAAUGGACAUUUUGGCCCUGAUCAACUCCAGCAUCAACUUCAUUCUCUAUUGCUCGAUGAGCCGACAGUUUCGCACCACCUUUACCCUGCUCUUCCGACCCCGCUGGCUGGACAAAUGGCUGCCGCUCUCCCAGCACGACAUCGAUGGCCGCCAUGGCGGACAGCGGGAGGGCGGCGGCAGGCAGCGGCUGCUACACACGGAUGCUGUGAGCAAGAGCAUGGCCAUCGAUCUGGUGGGUCUCACGACGCAGGUGACAAAUGUGUAGCACGAGAGCAGCGGCCGUGCAAACACUGCAUCGGCCAUGGCACCAGGGGCUGGCGUUGGGGCGUCAUCAGUGGUUGAUGGAUGCGCUGUGGAUGCAACAAAUGACAUCAGCAUGGUGGAAAUGCUGCACAGGACACCAGCCCCACCUUCGACCAAGGGCAAGGGCAAGGGCAACACCAGCACCAGCACCAGCACUUCACGCCGCAGACAACGCCGCGGCAGUGGCAAGUGCAUUUGGCCCACAACCGAGUGGCUGCGCAAAUUGAGGGCCAACAACAGAACGCUCACUCCGGCGGGUGCCAGCGAGGAGCAGCUGCAGCAGCAGGAUCAUCAGCAGCAGCAGCGACGCAGCAGUGUCCUGUUGAUGGUCCUGCUGCACAGUUCAUCCAACGAUGAAAUGAAGGCCAAGGCGGUGCUCGUCAGUGAGGAGCAACAGCAGCGGGAACGCCAGCCGCAGAACCCGCACCCGCAACCGGACGAAGUGGAAGAUGCCAUCGAUGCUCUGUGGCUGUAACCCCCCUUCCCCUUUAGAUUAGCUAAUUAAUAACUUAACUAAUACCGAAACUAAUAUUUAGAUAAAGACCAAAACAAAAUUGUUUUCUAUUGCUGCUUGCAUGACCCUCCCACCACUCCCCCCACCAGGGCAUUGCAGUUGCGGAUCGAGAGCCCCUUUCUGCAGCUGCUACGCUUUUGAGCGGGGCGGGUGGGGGACGACAAAAAGCAGCAUUCAACACACAUUUUGUGGCGCCCACUUGAUAAGGUGAUACUUAUGUUUAAGAGUGACCUUUAACACCCCCCAUAAUAUGAUCCCCCCCCACCCGCCUCCUCUAAAUAUAGUUGUGUAAGUGCAAAGCGCAACAUUUAGUUAUAGUUUAACUAUUUAAUGGAAUGAUUUCUAGGCAUCUAAGCAGGCAUCCAACAAAUAAAUAUCUUUUCUAAUGGAAAAUAAAAAGGAAAAGAAAACGAAAACG